AUACACUUAUUUGUUUCUUUUUACACGAAUACGAAAAAUUUUUAUUCGAAUUAUUGCUAAAAAAAAAGCAACAUUAUUAAUAUUUACUCUUUGAAAUUAAGCGAAUAAUUAUUCGAAAAUUAUUUGUUGACAUUGGAUAUAUCAUAAUAAACCGUUGUUUAAAUAAGCCGUCAACACAUAAUGAGCGAUAAUGAUGAGUCGAAUAAAGAUGUGCCCCUACGUAAGCGAGCCAGUCUGGUUUGGCAAUAUUUUGAGAAGUUGAGCAGUGUCCGUGUCAAGUGUCGUAUUUGCCAGCAUGAGCAGAGAUAUAUGGGUAAUACGGCCAAUGCUUUGAGACAUUUAAAAGCUAAACAUGAUAUAGAUGCCAGAGCGGUGGGUUUAGCUGAUCCAGAAAAUGUUAAACGCAUGAAAGCUUUAUCCACUGCUGGCAUUCCAUUUGAGCAGAGAAUUGCGGCUAUAAAUAUUAAAAGUGAAAAUCGUUUUGAUGAAGAAGAUGACGAACAACAUACUGAAGAAAGCCGUCACAAAGAGGGAGAAGACGAAACUCAGUAUGUAGGCAAUUCAAAAUAUAGUCGUAAUCGUCAAAGAAUAUCGGUAUAUGAUAAUGAAGGUGACAUAGAUCCCUAUGGCAAUAAUGAAGAGCCUUUCAUAGAUUUUAAUGACAACAACAAUCAUUACACUAGCAAAGACGAAUUAGAUGAACCAUUAGAUAAUAAGCGUAAUUCGCAAAACAACUCAAACCGUAAACGCUCUUCUCUGGAAGAUGAACGAAUAAUUGCUGAAACGGAAUAUUUUCGAGAAAAAGCGGCCUAUUUUCGCCUUCAAAAACAUUUAACGGCUUUACAAGCCAAAAAGAUUAAAUUUGAACUGGAGCAAUUGUAUGCUAAAUAACAGGCUGCAAUAAAUAUGCAUAUGUUAUACUAAAUUAAAAUUACUUAAUAUUAGCUUGUAGUCUUACAUUUAAUGCAAUAAUAAAAUGAGUAUUUGUUAAAUAUAAAUAUUAAUAAAAACAAUUUAAUACGCAAAGUAUUAACG